AUGAGUCCUGCCGCCAAGAUCGCCGUUCUGGUCCUGAUGCUCACCCUGCUACUGUGCGUUAUCGCCUAUUUCGCCCGCCAAGAGAUACACACCUUCGCCAAGGUCCUCACCCAUCACCGAGCGGCACGCAAGGAAGAGGAAACAACUACCAACGUUUCCACCGAAACCACUGUCUAG